GCUACCCUACGUUUGCUUGGCAUCGCACGGCGGGAAGGUGGGGUUCGGUUGGCAGGCAUAGUGACGGUGCUUUUGCGACGAAGUAUUAUCAUAACUACUGCCGCGUGAAUACUUGUUUGGUGCGUUGACGAUCGCAUGAGUUCCCGCCUCGCAGCUCGUGCGACCCAGAGCCUCGCGACCCAAAGACUGUGCGAGUUGUCACCUAGCUCCCAAACUCACUAGGAUGAAUAAUUUGAAGUGCUAUUUGAUAAGCCAACUAAACGGGGAUAGCCAACGUUAAGUUUUGGCCAUUCGGGGGGAUUGGGCACUCACGCAGGAACAGUGACCAAUGGAGGGGACGCGGGGACGCGCGUGCAGGCGCCAUCAGGCUGGCACUAUCGCCUGCUCCGUCAGGCAAAAAAACGAAUACGGACCGCUACACUUGACAUAGAAACUGACGAAACCAGCAAAUCCGAAGAAAGCACUGCAAGCAACUGUCAUCUCGGUCGACUUGCAGCGCACGCUCUGUUAGCAGCUCAACCCUAUCAGGCUUCCACCGCAACGACGGAAAUAUAAUAGUGGCGCAAACUAACUAGGGAACGGGCUCCUGCAGCCUCAAGCUUCCAACCUGACCGCGGCUUAGCACGGCACCGCCUGUCUCCGUAUCCCAUUUCCCAAUCGCCAUAUGGACGUUGUGGAUGCAGUGAUGGCUGCAGCAGCCGUGGGCAUCGCCUACAGCUCCGCGGCAGCGGCGUCGCGGGAGUGCCCCUGGGACGGCUAUGGUGGGCUGGUCCGGAUUUGCGAUGACGACGUGUUGAGGGAGCAGGGCGUGGUGCGGCUGGCAGUGCCGCGCCCGCCGGCCCGCGCGCCGGUGCCGCCGCCCGCGCCUGGUCCUGGCCCUGGCCCGGGACCAGGUCUGGGAGGAGCGGGCGGAGGCGGAGGCGGCGGUAGUGAAGGCGGGGCUGGAGGUGGAGGUGGAGGUGGAAGUGGAGCCGGUGCAAGCGUGCCUUCCCAACCGGGGUUUGCGCUGCCCGCAGUACCUGUUCCCGCGCCGGAGCCAGCACGACCGGCAGGACCGGCAGGAGCUGUGAGUCAGCCGGCGCCAGAAGCGGCGGCAGCGCCGGCGCGGCCGCCGCUGUUGCGGCGGGUGCCUUCCUGGGUCGAGGAAUACGUUACGGGCGAGCAGGGUAAUGAAGAGGGUGCGGCGCAGGGCGGCAGUAGCAGUUACGGCGACGCUACCAGCAGUGGCAGUAGCAAUCAGGGCUUGCAGAACCGGACCGCAGCUGCGGCGCCGGGCGCUGCUGACGCAGGCGGGAAGUCUGCCUCAAGCUUGCAGCAACAGCAGCAACAGCAGCAACAACAGCAGCGGGAGCACAGGCAGGGGCCACCAUCAGCAGGGCCGAGGGGCGCCGGAGCGAACAAUUCCGUACCAGCGCUCCCCGCGCCUGCGGCUGCGGCUAUGCACCUGUACCGGCAGCAGAGGGCUGAAGUUAUGCGGGCAGCGGCCAAGCAUCGCCAGGCGGUGCAGGCAGCCAACGAGCCAGACCUGUCGUGGCUCAGCGAGCUGCCAUCGCCGCCUAAGAACCCGCCGAAAGGGAAAGCAUGACUGGUGGUGGCUGGUGGUGGAAGAACAUGGUGGUUCGUGCGAAGUAGGGUUUCACCUGCUGGUGUGGGGUACCCGAGGGCUGCUGGUUGGCGCCUUUCACAUCGUGUUCGUUGUGGGUUUGCGAGCAGGAUAUGUAAAUGCUCUCAGCCAUUGAUUCGCAGGCUGUGUAAGAAGGGAAGGCAACCCCGCUGAGGGCUGAGAGUGCUGUCAGAGGUGCCGUCAGGGGGGCGAUUGCGAUUGGACAUGGCAGACAGACA